AACAUUACGUUAUUUUAAAGACAAGUAUUUUAUUAAAAAAACAAAGAAAGAUUUUUUUUUAUUAUUUGUUUCAUUUAUGUAAAGAUGGAUUCAACUUGAUAUAACAAUAGUUAUAUUAUCAAUAGCUGGAAUUAUUUUAGAAAAAAAUGAAUAGUAGACAUAUAUUUCCUAUUAAUCCAACUCUUAUACAUGUUAUGAGAGUACUCAGAAUUGAAUGAGGUUAGUUUUUUAAAAUUUUAUAUUUUAUUGUAUGAUUUAUUCAGAUAAUUUAGCUAUUUAACAGAUUCUUUUUCUAUUUAAGAUAGUAACAUAAAUUAGAGAAGAUUUCAUCAUUCCUCUUACAUUCUAUUUGAUCAAAUUUUGAAAAUUCCCUACUCUUUUAUCUUAAUUGAUAAAUGCAUAACGAGUACAUUUACAAGAAAAAGAAAAAAAAAACAACUUCCUUUUUAACAAAUAAGGAAAUUCGAGGGGAAAACAACGAAUUUCAAGCAUAGAGAUUUCAAAUUUUUAAAAGAUUUUAUAAGACUUCAUCAGAUUUCAAGGCUGAAGUGCCAGUUGUUUACCCCUCGAAGAAAUCAUAAAAGUUAUUUGAUAAGUAAACAGUAUAUUAUACUAAGCUUUUUAUGUGUUUAAUAUCAUUACAGAUAGGUGAAGUAAAUAGUUAUGAAAAAAUAUAAUGAAUCAUUGAAAUUUGAUGUCAAAUAUCUAAAAUAAAGAUUUGAGUUGAGAGAAAAAGUUUAUUUAAACAUGGCAGAAAUAUUUUUGUUAUGAAUUUUUGAAAAAAGAAACAAAUAUCUAAAUGAAAAGUUGAAUUAAUUGUAGUACUUAAAUUAUUAAAAAUAGCAAAAGGUAUUCGAGCAUUAUAAGAUACAGUUAUUCAAACUCUUCCACAAGUUGAAAAUUUGGGUCUUUUAUUUUUUCUUCUUUUCUUCAUAUUUACUGCACUUGGCGUUGAAUUAUUUGGAAUAUUAAAAUGUAAUGAAGAACGUCCAUGUACUGGACUUGAUAAGCAUGCACAUUUUACAGAUUUUGAUAUAGCUUUUUUAACAUUAUUUCGUAUUGCAACUGGUGAUAAUUAG